AUGGCCUCAUUCAUGCGCCGUUGGAUCGGUCUUGGAACUUCCACACAUACAGCUACCACUACUACUCCCGUGAGCUCUACACCUGGAAACGGCAAGAAGCGCAGCCAUGCGGUUGCGGAGUCGAUUAACAACGACGAGAAUGUGGAACCCGCUGCCAAGCGUCCCAAGCGAGCAUUUGUCGACUUGUCACGCGGUGACAGCGACGACGAGAUCAUUGUAUCCCAUCACCGUCCACUUGGUGAGCUGAAAUCCAAUCACCAGACCGAUCUGAGCGAGGAAGACUUCRCACAGAAAAUGAAAAGGAAGCUGUACGUGAAGCCGGUAAUGCCACACCCACAGGAUGUCGCCGAGUGUUCGAGGCCUGCAUCCGAGGCGACCAGAAGAAUAUUCGCUCCCAGUCCUGCUGCUCGCCAGCCAGCUACCAAAUCACCGGCUAGGCCAGUCUCCGGGUCCUUAUCGUCCAAUACGAUAUCAGUGGCGUCUUCUCGUAGGCAGAAGUCCAACUAUAUCUCCAAGCCAUCAAUGCAUGCUAGUGGGUUCGUGGAUUUGCGCAGGGGAGUCAGUUCCAAGGUUUCUACCCUUAACAUUUUGGAGCGUCCAAGUUCUCAAGCAGUCGAGCUGGACAUAUACGAUAAUGCGACGCCGCCAACCCACGUCGCAAUGUCCUCCGCAAGUGACGAGCAGUCUCCUCGUCGCGGAUCAAGACGCAACGCACGCAAGUCGUAUAUCAACAUGGACCUUGCCGAAUCAGAGGACGAGCUUUCCAGGCCUUUAGUGACAUCUCGAAAGGCAAAGUCGCGAUAUCAAGAUGAUGACGAUGCCGAUUUCGCGGCUAAUGAGAACGACGACGCCGCCGUCUCGGAGGACUAUAAUGAGUUGGAACUGGAGCUUGCGCAGGAUCUUGGCGAGACAAGCGUCGAUGAGGGAUGCGAAGAGAACGAAGACGAAUACGAUGCGCUACGGGCAAAACCCGCCAAAGCGAGUAAAGCGAGUAAAGCGAGUAAAGCGAGUAAAGCGAAACCAACAGGUACUAGCAAAGAUUCAAAGCCUACAGCCAGUUCCAAAGGCAGUCGCAAACGAAUGGUCAACUUGAAGAGUGGCAACGCGGAGGCGAAGAAGAUCAAUUACACCUUACCUCCAAUGUUCGAGACCGAGGACAUCUUUUGCAACAUGACGGCGAAAGCUCGCAAGCUAGGACUUGAUAGCGUUAUUACCGGCCUCGACGCAAGACCCAUUCGAGUCGCUACAAUGUGCUCUGGAACGGAGAGUCCUUUGCUCGCGCUAGAAAUGAUCGCGGACUGUCUGUCAAAGAGCGACCUGCAUUUAAAGGUUGAGCACCUCUUCUCCGCGGAAAUUGUCCCCUUCAAGCAGGCGUACAUCGAGCGAAACUUCAACCCACCUGUCAUAUUUAGGGACAUUACCGAGCUCACGAGCGUGGUCAGCAAUGAGGAGCCCAUGGCCACGACAGCCUAUGGCGGCAAGGUCCCCGUGCCGAAGGAGGUUGAUGUGGUUAUCGCCGGUACCUCUUGCGUGGAUUUCUCAGGUCUAAACACCUACCAGARGGAUCUCGACGCCGGCGGCGAGUCUGCGGAUACCUGGAAUGCAGUACUCUCGUAUUGUAGAGCCUUUCGACCUUCGAUCGUGUUACUGGAGAAUGUGAGCGGAGCAGACUGGGACCGCAUGCUAACGGACUAUGAAAACAUUGGCUACGACUGCAGUGGUGCCUCGGUCAACACACGCGAUUAUUACCUACCGCAGAUCCGUGAGCGUGGAUAUAUGGCUUGCUUCAAUAAGAAGCUCAAAGGCUAUGCUCCCGGAUCAGCUACUAGAUGGCUAGAGCUCAUGGUGAAAUUCAAGCGUUCGGCAAGCUCACCAGUGUCCGAUUUUCUAGAGCCCAACGAUCGAAUCACCCGCCAGACUAUCCGAAGUGAUGCACCUACAAAGGAGGUUGAUUGGAGACAGUGUCAAAUCACACAGAUGGAGUACCGGCAAGACAUGAAACUCGGAUGGGCACGUCCUAUUACAAACUGGUCUGAAAGUGGACAAAUGCUCCCUCCGGACAACGGAUAUGCUCCAUAG